AUGACGAGGAGCGUCCUCGCCCGCAUCUUCCGCAACGUCAGAAUGGCUCUACAUCCGCCCCAAGAAGAGAAGCUCAUCUACCUAGACCCGGCCUCGCCCAUCCCCCAAUUCCACAACUGGUACCGCCAAGCCCGCGCCGCCGCCCUCCCCGCCCCGCAGACCUGCGUCCUCUCCACCGCCUCCUUACCCUCGGGCCGCGUCUCCUCCCGCGUCGUCUACCUCAAGGAGCUCGACGCCGACGGCGCCUUUGUCAUCUACUCCAACUUUGGCACCUCGCGCAAGGCCCGCGACCUCGAGACCAACCCCUGCGCCAGCCUCGUCUUUUGGUGGGAGCCCUCCAGCGCCAGCCAAGCCUACUUCGAUACCCGCGAGCGCGCGAGCCGCGUCGGCGCAUGGGCGAGCAAGCAGAGCCUCGUCCUCGAACCCAAGUCCAAGCCCGAGGUGGACGGCGCACCACCCCCACCGCAACAGGGGAACCCCGCCAGGCCCAGCGGCAAGAAGGGCCGCAAGAUCAACAGCAGGACGGAUUGGGUCCACGCCGUCGAGCGCAGGUUCGAGGGCCACGAGCAGAUCCCGUGCCCCGACUUCUGGGGCGGCCUGCGCAUCGUCCCGGACAGGGUCGAGUUCUGGCAGGGCCGCAAGAGCAGGCUACACGACCGCUUCGUCUACGAGAGGGAUGAUGCCGUCCCUGAAGGCUUGGCCGUGACUCCCGCGGAAGCCAAGUGGAAGUUGAACCGGCUCAGUCCGUAA